AUGCGUCUCCAAAUUCUAGCCAGCGCUCUUGCGCUCAGUGUUUCAGCUGCUGCUUUCUCCGAUUCAUGGCCUCUUGUCAUGUUCUCUACCUCCAAGUUCUCCGAUGCGACCAGCAACAACCAAAUCCAGACGCGAUCUCAGGCUCUUGAGCAAGUCAAGGACCUUUUGACUUCAUGUCCGACCGAUAACUACGUCCUGAUUGCUCAGGAGGGCGCCAACGCUGCCGACAUUCGACGAACGAACGCCAACUCCAACCUUCACCAGGCCAUUGCGCGCAAGGAAAUCCAGGGCAAGUUCAUUGUCUCUGAGGUUGUUGGUGAAUCCAUCGAUGCGGAUGCUAUUCAAGAUUAUAUUCAAACGGCGUGUUAUGAGCAGGCGAAGAAGGUCGAGCCUCAUUUCACCCUUAUUAAGGCGGGAGACGACAAAGAAGCUACCGAGAAGUGGAUUUCAAACGAGCAGUGGAUGAAGGAUUCAUACACUGUCAUGUUCGUCGGUACACCCUCGACCAAGGCCAAGGCUGCCUCUGCAUCGAAGAAGGUCUCUGGCUCCGAGAAGACAAUCUACGAGUCCGAAUUUAUCGAGCCUCUGCACAUGGACCUGAAGCGCGACGUUUCAGAAGGCUCAAAGGCUGGCAACACUACCCGUGACACCCGUGGCUUGUUUGAGAAGUACCAGUUCUUCACUCCUGGUAUCUUUAUGGCCAUUAUCACUGCUAUUGUUUUGUUCUCCAUCCUUGGUGUCGGUCUUCGGGCUCUGGCUAGUCUCGAGGUCUCCUACGGCUCCUUUGAGAAGGACAUGGGACCUGCUGCCCAGAAGAAGCAGUAA